GCCUCUCUUUACUACGUAUCAUGAAAAGAAUAUAAAGAAAGCUUCCCAAAAGCCCUCAGCUUUUAUAUCUUUGUCUGCCAUUUAAUUCCCAUAAACAAACAAAUCACUAUCACAUAAAUUCCCACAAAAACCUCGUCCUUCUUCUCUCCCUUUUUUCUUUACACAUUUUCCUCUUAAAUAACAUUUCUCUACUAACUAUACUAUUUCAUUCUUUAGCUGAAAAAAACUGAACUAUUUUUAGCUCAUAGAGUUAUUACUUAUGUCAGUUGCCUUUAGCUAAGAGUUAAAGAAGAAGAGAAGAACACAAGUAGUUUCUGUUCUUGGGUUCAUUCUGUUUUUAGGCUAACCUUGAAAAAAAUACUUUCUUGAUUGAAAAAAAUGAGUUUCAUGAGGGAAAGUUUGAAUCUUUUUUGUGUUUCUUCCAUUUUUAUUGUACCCAAAGCCAUAUUCUGACCUGGGGUCUGUUCUUGGGGCUCAUUCUGUUUUUAGGCUAAUCUUUAAAAUAAUAGUUUCUUGAAAGAAAAAAAGGUGUUUCAUGAGGGAAAGUUUGAAUCUUUAUUGUGUUUCUUUCAUUUUUUUGUAAACCCCAACUGGUUUUUGUACCCCCAAAGCCAUAUUCUGAUCUUUUGGGUGUUUUUUUGUUUGUUUCAUUUGAGUGUAGGGAAAAAAAUGAUAACACUUUCGGACCUUUACCAUGUUCUAACUGCUGUAGUUCCACUCUAUGUAGCUAUGAUAUUGGCUUAUGGCUCAGUGAAAUGGUGGAAGAUUUUUAGUCCAGAUCAAUGUUCAGGAAUCAACAGAUUUGUAGCUCUUUUUGCAGUUCCAUUGCUAUCUUUUCACUUCAUUGCUUCUAACAAUCCUUAUGCUAUGAACUACAGGUUCAUAGCUGCUGACACUUUACAAAAAGUCAUAGUUCUAGUUGUUUUAGCCAUUUGGUCAAGAAUUAGCUCAAGGGGUUCUCUUGAAUGGUCCAUUACUUUGUUUUCCCUUUCUACUUUGCCCAACACUCUAGUUAUGGGAAUCCCUUUGUUAAAGGGAAUGUAUGGUGAUGCCUCAGGGAGUUUAAUGGUCCAAAUUGUUGUUCUUCAAUGUAUCAUUUGGUACACUUUGAUGCUUUUCUUGUUUGAGUAUAGAGGUGCUAGAAUGCUUAUUUCUGAGCAGUUUCCUGACACUGGAGGGUCAAUUAUUUCAUUUAAAAUUGAUUCUGAUGUUAUUUCAUUAGAUGGGAAAGAACCAUUGGAAACUCAAGCUGAAGUUGGUGACGAUGGGAAACUUCAUGUAAUUGUGAGGAAAUCAACAAGUUCAAGGUCUGAAAUUUUUUCAAGAAUGUCAAAUGGACAUAACACUGGUGGUCUUUCUAUGACACCAAGACCAUCAAAUUUGUCUAAUGCUGAGAUUUAUUCUUUGCAAUCUUCAAGAAAUAUAACCCCUAGAGAUUCAAGUUUUAACCAUAAUGAUUUAUACUCAAUGGUGAAUGGAAAAAAUAAUGCAAAUAUGAGUCCUAGGACAUCAAAUUUUGGCAACUUAGGAUUUGAUGAGGAGAGUGGAUUUGGGAAGACAAAUGUGGGGUACCCUGCACCUACUAAUGCUGGGAUUUUUUCCCCGGCCACCGGACCGGGGACAAAGAAGAAGGCUAAUGGGACAGAUGGUGGAAAAGAUCUUCACAUGUUUGUUUGGAGUUCAAGUGCUUCACCAGUAUCUGAAGGAGGGAUUCAUGUGUUCAGAGGAGGUGACUAUGGUAAUGAGCUUGGCAUUGGACCUCACCCAAAAGAUUAUGAUGAUUUUGGCCGAGAAGAGUUUGCUCUCGGGAAUAAAAAUAACUCCAAUGGAUGUCAUCGAGAAGAGCCGGUGCUAAAGAAGCUUGGAUCAAGCUCUACAGCCGAGCUGUUUCCCAAAACUGCUAAUGAAACUAAGGCUACUGCUAUGCCUCCUGCUAGUGUGAUGACCAGACUUAUUCUGAUUAUGGUGUGGCGAAAACUCAUUAGGAACCCGAAUACUUAUUCUAGUCUCCUUGGCCUUACUUGGUCCUUGAUCUCAUUCAGGUGGAACAUUCAGAUGCCUUUGAUUAUUGCUAAGUCUAUAUCAAUUCUCUCUGAUGCUGGUCUUGGAAUGGCAAUGUUUAGUCUUGGUUUGUUCAUGGCGUUGCAGCCUAAAAUGAUCUCCUGUGGAAAAACAAUUGCUGCCUUCUCUAUGGCAGUGAGAUUCAUCAGCGGUCCAGCAGUCAUGGCCGCUGCCUCCAUCGCUAUUGGACUUCGAGGUGUUCUUUUGCAUAUUGCUAUUGUUCAGGCAGCUCUACCUCAAGGAAUUGUUCCUUUUGUCUUUGCAAAAGAAUACAAUCUUCAUCCUGAUAUACUAAGCACAGGGGUUAUAUUUGGGAUGUUAAUAGCUCUUCCAAUCACUUUGGUCUACUACAUUUUGCUGGGGCUUUGAUGCUGAAGAGAGUAAAGCUGUUAAUCUAAAAGGAAAUGACUUUUUUGCCACUGCUUUUUUUAUGGCUUCUAACAAAGACAUAAGCCCUCACUUCUCAGUAGAUUAAAAUUAUUUUGUUGGCCUUUUAUAAUCCCUCCUCUAGUUUUGAACCUUUUGUGUUGUGCAAUGUUAUUUGCCAACUCAAGUUGCUUUUCAUCAAGAAAGUGAAACUUAUUUGUCCAGUUUAGGACCA